GGUUAUAACGAGCAGCUGUUUAAAGACGAUUUAAAGAAGCUUUUCAGUCAAUUGGGAAUCGAUAAUAAGAAAACGUGUUUUUUCUUUACGGCCGCUCAAAUUGUGGAAGAAGGCUUUUUAGAAUUUAUAAAUAAUAUUUUAAUGAUUGGUUAUGUUCCUUCUUUAUUUACCGAAGAAGAUAAAGAACAAGUAAUCAAUAGUGCCAGAGCUGCUUCAAAAAAAGCUGGCUUUGGUGUAGCAAAGGAUGCAGUGUGGCAGUAUUUUUUACAAACGUGUCAAACAAACCUUCAUGUGGUCUUAUCCAUGUCAUCUUCAGGGGAUACCCUAAGCAAAAGAUGCAGAAAUUUUCCUGGUUUGGUAAAUAAUACAAUAAUAGAUUGGAUAUUUCCGUGGCCCUUGCAAGCUUUAAUAGCAGUGGCUUCGGUAUUUCUGAAAGAAAAUCCGAGGAUUCCAGAAAUGUAUAGAGAUCAAAUAAUAGAGCAUGUCGUCCACGUGCAUCAUUCCGUAAUAAACUACAGCAUAGAUUACCUCCUGAGGUUAAAACGAAAGAACUUUGUGACCCCCAAACAUUAUUUAGAUUUUAUAGGAUCUUAUUUGAGAUUACUAGAAGAGAAAGAUGAUUACGUAGCUGGUCAGUGUGAUAGGUUAAACAGUGGUUUAACCAAAAUCGCUGAAGCUAGUGCCGACUUAGAUAUCCUGAAUGCGAAAUUAGCUACCCAGCAGGUAAUUGUUAAACAAGCAUCUGAAGACUGCGACAACAUGUUGAUAGAAAUCGACGAGAGUACAAAGAUAGCAGUUGAAAAGAAGGACGUUGCUUUUCUGAAAAGCGCUGAAAUUGAAGUGCAAUCCAAAUUAAUCAGCGUCGAGCAGGCUGAGGCUGAAGCAUCUUUGGCUGAAGCAUUGCCUGUAUUAGAAGCUGCUCGAAUGGCUUUGGCAGAAUUGGACAAAGCGGAUAUUACUGAAAUUCGAUCUUUUGCGACACCUCCUGAACCUGUUCAGAUUAUUUGUGAAUGCGUUCUUAUUCUUAGAGGAUACCGCGAAAUCAAUUGGAAAGCUGCAAAAGGUAUGAUGGCCGAAGGUAAUUUCUUAAGGAGCCUGCAAGAAAUGAAUUGUGAUGGGAUAACUAUCAGCCAGCAGAGAGCGACUAAGAACCAUAUGGCUAAGUCUUCAAAACUAACUGAAAUGAAGUCUAUCAGUAAAGCUGGCUAUGGCUUGCUUCGGUUCGUUCAAGCCGUAUUGGGAUACUGCGAAGUAUUCAAAGAAGUAAAACCCAAAAAGGAGAGAGUCGAACAGCUUCAACAGGAAUUUAGGGCAGCUCAGAGGUUCAUGGAGAGGCUUUCGAACGAAAUAAGAAAUUUGGAAAAGAAAUUGGACGACUUGAACACUAAAUAUACAACUGCAAUGAACAGAAAGCGUGAACUACAAGAGGAAACUGAACUCAUGCUAAAACGAUCAGAAGCUGCUGAUAAGUUAAUAAAUGGACUUAGUUCUGAACAAGCUAGAUGGAAGAUAGAUUUGGCCGAACAAUAUAAAGACAAAGAACGACUAAUUGGUAUUUGUUUGCUUUGCGCUGGAUUCCUUGCAUACUGUGGGCCUUUCACAUUCGAAUUCAGAAGAGAAAUGGUUUAUGUUGAUUGGCAAGCCGAUAUCUUACAAAGAGAAGUUCCCUUGUCACAACCUUUCAGAAUGGAGAUAUUUUUAACGACAGAAGUAGAAAUUAGCCAAUGGAAUUCAGAAAAUUUGCCUCCUGAUGAGCUUUCCGUUCAAAAUGGAAUACUGACGUUGAAAGGUUCAAGGUUUCCGUUGUGCAUUGAUCCACAGCAACAAGCUUUGAACUGGAUCAAGAAAAAGGAGGAAAAAUUCAAAUUCAGGAUUUUAAGUUUCACCGAUCCUGAAUUCGUAAAGCAUUUGGAAAUGGCCAUCAAAUAUGGUACUCCGGUACUAUUUCAAGAUGUCGACGAUUAUGUAGACCCAGUCGCUGAGAUUGUUAUCAUGAAAAAUGUCAGAAUUGCUGCAGGAAGAGUUUUUAUCGUUUUAGGAGAUAAAGAAAUCGAUUGGGAUCCCCAUUUCAGACUCUAUAUGACCACCAAAUUGGCUAAUCCUCAGUUUAAUCCAUCUGUCUACGCCAUUGCGUUAGUUAUCAACUAUACAGUCACUUUAACAGGUUUGGAAGACCAACUUUUGGGUGUGGUAGUAAGGAAUGAACGAGCCGAUCUUGAAGAGCAAAAAGAAACCUUGAUUGCCGAGACUAGCGAUAACAAGAAAAUCUUAGCUGAGCUAGAAGAUUCUCUUCUAAUAGAACUAGCUACUACUAGCGGAAACAUGUUGGACAAUGUGGAAUUGGUACAAACGUUAGAAAAUACAAAAUUCAAAGCUGGCGAAGUGAUGGCGAAAAUAAGAUUAGCCGAAGAGACUGGCAAAAAUAUUGAUGUUCUUAGAAACGGUUACAGAUCAGUAGCCAAAAGAGGGUCGGUACUAUUUUUUGUGUUGUCGGAUUUGUCAGGUGUCAAUGCUAUGUAUCAGUUUUCUCUAGGAUCCUAUUUAGAGGUAUUCGCCUAUUCACUUCGUAAGGCUCCGCCUCAUACGCUGCUUGCAAAAAGGUUGCUAAAUAUUAUUAAUACGUUAACUAAAAAUGUUUACGACUACGGAUGUACUGGUAUUUUUGAAAAGCACAAGUUACUGUAUUCAUUUCUGAUGACUUACAAGUUAGAGCAAAAUGAAGAGAGGAUUAGCCAGGCAGAGAUCGAUUUCUUUAUUAAGGGCUCUGUGAGUUUAGAAAAAAGCGAUGUAGAAUGUCCGGCAACUUGGAUAAUAACUCAAAAUUGGGAAAAUAUUGUGAAAUUAGCAGCAGAUUUCCCAGGAUCGUUCAUUGAAUUGCCCGACCAAAUAAGAGAAAAUUUAGACAGUUGGCACGAAUGGUUCGAUUCCGAUCAACCAGAAAGUGAUGAAUUUCCUUGUGGAUACAGCGAAAGAUUACCACCAUUUCAUAUUCUUAUGUUACUAAGGUGCUUCAGAGUAGACAGAGUUUUUAGAUCUGUAGCGAAUUAUAUCACUGAAAUCAUGGGCGAAGAAUAUAUUAUGCCACCGGUAAUAAGUUUGGAUAAUAUCUUUGAUCAAAGUAGCCCUACAACUCCUGUUGUGUUUAUUUUAAGUCCCGGUUCUGAUCCCACAGCUGAGCUAAUGAAAUUGGGAGACAGAUGCGGUUUCGGUGGAGGUAGAUUCCGAUUUCUUUCCUUAGGACAAGGCCAAGAACCGAUGGCACUGAGCCUCUUAGAUACUGCAAUCUCCAGAGGGUUGUGGUUGAUGUUCCAGAACUGUCAUUUACUGAUUUCAUUUAUCAGAAGACUCGAAAAGCAAUUGGAAAAAAUUACAAAACCCAAUCCAGAUUUUAGGUUGUGGUUAACGACCGAUCCAGUAGCAACAUUUCCCGUAGGUGUACUGCAGAGAUCACUGAAGGUUGUCACUGAGCCUCCAAAUGGUCUUAAACUGAAUCUGCGAAAUACAUUCUUCAAGAUGAGAUCUCAAACUUUGAAUCAAUGUCCGCAUCCUUUCUUCAGAUCUCUCGUUUUUGUGUUAGCUUUUUUUCAUGCAGUGGUUCAAGAAAGAAGAAAAUACGACAAAAUAGGUUGGAACAUUUGUUACGAUUUUAAUGAAUCUGACUUCAACGUUUGCGUAAUCAUUUUGAAUACGUACUUGACUAAAGCACAUAAGAUGAAGGAUACAAGGCUUCCGUGGAAUAGCUUGAAAUACCUUAUAGGAGAGGUGAUGUACGGAGGAAGGGUAAUCGACGAAUUUGACAGAAGAAUUGUCAAGACAUAUAUGAACGAAUACAUGGGAGAUUUUCUGUUUGAUACUUUUCAACCGUUCCAUUUCUUUCGAGAUAAUACCGUUGAUUAUACCAUACCUCCUGAUGGUAACAAGGAUGAAUAUAUUCAAUUUAUUGAAGAGCUACCGCUGUCGAACAGUCCUGAAGUAUUCGGAUUGCAUCCUAAUGCCGAAAUAGGUUAUUACACGCAGGCUACAAAGGAAAUGUGGAGCAUAUUGAUUGAACUACAACCUCAAGCUACCGGCAGCGGUGAAGGAAUUAGUAGAGAAGAAUUCAUUGAUAAUUUAGCUAAGGACAUCUUAAAGAAAAUACCCGAUGAAUACGAACUUUGGAGGGUAAAAAGAUAUUUUCAGAGAACAAUGUCACCAACUGUCAUUGUACUUUUACAGGAACUAGAAAGAUUCAAUAAGCUACUGUUUGCAAUGCGUCGAACUCUUGUCCAGUUGGGUAAAGCGUUGAGCGGCGAAAUAGGUAUGGACAGUAUCCUCGACAACGUGGCAUAUUCUUUGUUCAACGGACAGCUUCCAGCUUCUUGGCGAAAACUAGCACCAGCUACUUGCAAAAAUCUUGGUGGAUGGUUAGAACAUUUCGAUAAUCGACAAUCGCAAUAUUUCCAAUGG